CAGAUGUUUGAUUGGAUUGAGAUCAGUGGAAUUUGCAGGCCAAGUCUGUGUAUAUGGCUGAUCAGUGUAGAUAGUAUCAGUGAAAUUCGUACUCAGUUAUUGUCAUGUUUAUCACAACUGCUUACCUUUGCAUACUAUGAAUACUGGGUAAAUAUAAACUCAGCAAUUUAGAACUGAACUUUCUUGCAUGGUGCAUCAGCUACUUGCAUGAAGUACACUGUACAUCUUGUUUCGCGCUUAUCAGUUUACCAGUAUGAGUGGGCCACAGGAGGCAUAUUGAGCUUUGCACCACUAGAGUGCGUACAUGCAGUAAUCAGCUGGGCUUACAUGUAUACAUUAGAAAUCGUGAGCGUUUGUGAUUCCACAAUGGCUAUUCAUGCUGCCCCGAAAGUCUCGGUUGUGUGCACUCAGUCAAAGAAAAUUCGAACUUCCUCUGUUUUCUGCUGGCGAAAGCAGUGUGUCCCGUGACUGGACUGCUGAAAAAAAGACAUUGGUUUGGGCUGAAUAACCAGGGGGAAGGGAAGUUUGAAGUGUUAUAGGCUAUUCCCGAAGGAGACGUUUUUUCGAAAGUUUUGUUAAUAACACGCCUGAAAUUAACCCCGUAAGAAAACUGUUUAUUGAUAUUUGAAAACCGAGUUUUCAAAUUAUUUGCGUUAAGCGGAUAAAGCUGCGGGAAACAUACAAUGACAGCUAUUCAGAUGAAGUUGCCAGGAGGAGCCCAUCGAGAGAGGAAGUCCCAGCCUCUCUUCCUGGAGGUGUUGAUCCGCAGCCUAAUCAUUCUCUGCACGGCCUUGGCUAUUGUCCUCUCCUCCAUUGCCGUGUGCGACGGCUAUUGGUUGCUAGCGGGCGGCCGGAGGAUGUUUGGUCUGUGGAACUUCUGCACCUGGGAGGCUGCGGUGGAACCAGCAGCCCCCCCUAACUGCACCACCUACCGCAGUGAAUCUGGAGUUCAGGGAGUGGCGUUGAGCCUGUGUCGCUCUGUUGUCUCUCUGGCAGUGGUGGGAGGCAUCUUUGGCCUGGAGCUGCUAGUAAUGUCGCAGGCGAGUGAAGGACAGGACUCACGCCGGCGGUGGAGCCUGGGGUCGGCCUUGCUGCUGGUGGCGGCAGCGUUGUCCGCGGCCGGCGUGGCGUUGUUCGCGGCCCUGCUGUGGCAGCACGCCUCUCCCCUGGGCUUCACACUCACCUUCUGGUGCCAGUUCACCGCGGCAUUUUUGCUCUUUCUCAACGGCACCGCCGCGCGCCAUGUCCAUCACAUGGCCCAAGCAGGCGGCGCCCCCGGGGGUUUAGGGGAUGGGGGGGGGCAAGUAUGGAAGUGCCAAGGGUGAAAUAUCCUGGCGCGUCCAUUGCUCCAGCUGUGGCAGUACGUUCCUAACACACAGACAUCCCAGGAACUGUGGUUGUUCUGUCGGAGACAGACUCUGGGUCAUGUCCUUGGCUAAGGACUAUUGAACACAGUAGACAUUAGGACAUCUGUGCCUUGGCAGGAAUCACAGUGACUGAGAUGUGUCUUGGGGAAUGGAUAAGCAGUAUGUUCAGACCCUCUAGGCCUCAUUCAAGCUGCCUGCUCCUAUCCAGUCGUCUUCACUGUUCUGUAGAAACACAGAUCUGGAUUUUGCAUAUUCUCAAAUGCUCUACAAUGUUUUUCCUAACUUUUCCAAGUUGUAAUAAAGCCCUUAAUUUCCCUUU